AUGAGUAUCAACUUCUAUGUGGUCGGGCCCACUCUCAUUGAGCUGUCGGCGCUGUUCAGUACAACCAUCGAGAAAAUAUGCUUCAUUUAUACGGUGCGGUCGGCCGGUAUCACUGUUGGCAGCCUAAGCGGUUUUCUAUUCAAUUACAUCAACCGACAGUUGGCUUUCGUCUUCUUUAUGGCGCUGAUGGGCUUCAGUCUCAUUCUGAUGCCUCACUGCCAGUCCUUAUCGCAACUGUUUUCAUUGGCCGCCAUCAACGGCUUCUCCAUCGGCAGCUUCGACACCGCCAUCAAUGUCUGGCUGCUGGAGAUAUGGGGCGCUGAGAGCGGGCCGUAUAUGCAGGCCUUGCACUUCGCCUNUACGCAAUUCUGGAUCACAAAUGAGAAGUUAUAUGAUUUUGAAUAUUUUCCUCAUUACUUAUAUAUCACUCGAAACAUUCCUCCGUUUAACAUCAUAUUCAUGGUGACAAUGGGCGCCCUAUUCCUGACAUUCUUCGUGGGUAUGGAGCAAAUGCAUCUCCAAUUCCUGCCCACGUUUGCCGUCAGCUCCGACCUCAAUAUGAGCCCUCAGGCGGCAGCUCUGGUCACGUCGGCGUCGGCCGCCGCCUUUACCGUCGGUCGCGGGCUAUCCAUACCUCUGGCCAUAAAACUCAAGCCCGAAGUGAUUCUCUAUGCAAACCACGUGAUGAUGGUGUCCGGCAUAUUGAUCCUCAUAUUUUGGGCCAAUACAUCCGUCGUGAUGAUGUGGACGGGAAAUAUCAUACUGGGCGCCGGCUUCUCGUCCGUGUACGCCUCCAUGUAUGCAUUCCUCGAGCACCAGUUCCAGGUGACCAAUACGAUUGGGUCUAUAUUUGUGUUCGCCGGGGGCCUCACCUGUGCCCUCUCGCCAUCACUCGUGGGACAGUAUAUCGAAGCCAACCCUUUGAUUCUCAUUUGGUUUAACUUAUUGUGUGUCACUCUCUGUGUGUUAAUCUUUGUGUCCAUUCACGUGACUAUUUGUACCAAAAAUCGCCAAAACGUUGAGUGCAAUUGUGUUUUAUAAAUACAUAACGAGAAUUAAUUUUGACCUAAUUUUUGCGUGUUUUACGAGUUAUUUA